UUCUGGAAAAAUAAGAAUAAAAAAACUUAUGUUAAAAUGAAAAAAAAAAUAUAUCAACCACGAAAAAAGAAACUAUUCUAUUUUUAUAUGUUCUUCCCGCAUUAAUUUGCAGUCGGUGUGUGUCUUUCUUUGUCUGGGAACUCGAAAUCAAUUUAUACUUUCUUGAAAAAGUUUGGGAAAUCAAUCUGCUACGGCCAUUGAUUCCACUCCUAUUUGUCUCUAAUAAUAGCAUACGGUUUUUCUUAUUCUGAACUGUCCCACAAAUCAAUACAUAUACUGUGUGUUUUCUGCUUCUUUUCGCAAGAUUGGCUCAGAAUUUCAUCUGCCAUUGUUUUUUUCCCUUUUCCGUUUCCCAACACAAUUUCUUGCUUCUGUUCGAGAAACCCAUUUGGAAUCCAGAAGUUUUGAGGCUGAUGUAUGUAUGAAUGUAUGAGGAAUCGGCAUGAUAAGGAGGCGUUCUUGGGUAGCAAUUUCGUGUAACGGGAAUUGCAUUUUUGGGUUCCGCCAUUUGGGGGGUCGUUUUAUGGCGGCGGCCACGAAUUUCAUGUUGGGGCAGAGGGAUUUACAGAUGAUGUCCCUCAGGAGGCUUUCCUCAAAUGCCUCUACUUCAUCCGCCAUGGAUGGAAGUAAUGGAAGGUUUUUUACAAAUGGGUUCAGGCUCAAGGGCUGCUGCUCUGAGAACUAUGGCAAUGUUUUGAGGGAUAAUAAUGAUUUCAAGAAUGAUCGAGGAACUAGUAAUGGAUUGCGGAAAGCGAGGGCGUAUGCCCCUUGUGUCCCAGAAGUGCGUGUUUCUGAGAAGGUGGUUAGGGUGGAGGAUCAGCCAAAGAGUCUGAAUUCUAGGGUGGCUAAUGGUGGGAGCUCUGCUAAUAGAGGAAACUUAACCGGAGUUCUGAACCAGCCAUUGCCAGAGAAAAUCAUGGUCGCGGUUGAUGUUGAUGAGGUUCUUGGGAACUUCGUAUCUGCUCUGAAUCAAUUUAUUGCAGACCGGUACUCCUUAAAUCACUCAGUUUCUGAAUACCACGUGUACGAAUUUUUCAAGAUAUGGAACUGUUCACGUGAUGAAGCUGAUAUUCGCGUUCACGAGUUCUUUAAGACGCCUUACUUCAAGAAAGGGAUAUAUCCGCUUCCAGGUGCUCAAAAGGCUCUUCAAAAGUUAUCCGCAUUUUGUGACCUGUCUAUAGUUACGUCCAGACAGAAUGUCAUCAAAGAGCACACGCUUGAAUGGAUUGAGAAACAUUAUCCAGGGCUGUUUCAGGAGAUUCAUUUCGGCAAUCACUUUGCUUUAGAUGGGCAGUCCAGACGUAAAUCAGACAUUUGCAAGUCGUUGGGAGCAAAGGUAUUGAUUGACGAUAAUCCAAGAUAUGCUGUUGAGUGUGCAGAUAUUGGGAUGAAGGUUCUUCUUUUUGAUUAUGAGAAUUCAUAUCCGUGGUGCAAGACGGAUUAUAUUUCUCAACAUCCUCUUGUAACCAAGGUCCACAACUGGAAAGAGGUGGAAGAUCAAUUAGCCUCAUGGGUUGUUCCCUAAGCAUGUGAUUCAGGAAAAAGAGUACCUGUUUUGUUGCUUGGUCAUUGAACUGCGGAAAUAAUCGUCACAUAGAAAUUCAUGAUGGCAGUAAAAGCAGCUUGAUGGAGGAUUUCCUUCAGAGGUCCAAACGAAGACAAAUAUACUAUUUCCUUACAUCUAUCCAAUCUGCUUUGCAUGCUAUGUUGUACAAGGGAAGAAGAAAAGCAACAGACAUGUUUUAGGACAUUUUGUGAAUUAAAUCAUGUAGAAAUUUGUUGGGAAGCUCCAACAAGCACGAAAUCAUAGGCUUAAAACACCCUCUGAUUUCUGUGCACAAUUUAAAAGCUUAUUGUGACAAGACAUCUGAUUCCUUUA